GUUUCGCCGUGGAUACUGAAGCGCCUCGCUUGGGAAUUAUUUUACAAUAAUAAUAUUUUCGUGAGGCGUCACAAACCUGAACAAGUAUGGCGCCCACGGUCCACAAUAUAAGAUGGCGAGCGUCCCGCGUUGGGCGUCAACUCAAAGGUGAGAGGUUCAAGUUCAACGUUGCCUAGGAAAUCACCUUGGAUUGGGCAGCAAGACGCGUCUUCAGCCGCCCCCUAUAUCCCUGAAACAAGGCAGCAAGGCUACUAGACUUGCCUCACUCUGCCAUUCAAAUACCCUGGACUUGUCACGACAAGAUUCACAGAAAUUUCCUCAAGACAUUGAACUUGUUGUAUUAUUAAUCUCCACGUUCAGCCUGAUUGCGGAAAAAAAAUCAAAUGUCGACACCAACGAUACACGUCCUCGGCGUGUCCGCUGCAGAGGAGACGUUCUCAAGCAUCGAAGACAAAUCCAGCGCUUCACCCCAUCUAAGGUUGCACGCCCGGAUCGCAAUACACAACCAGGAUGGACACUUCGACCAGGUCAAGAUCAGACUGCAAGGUGCAAUUCGAAGCACAAUCGGGUCGAGAGUGGCAGUUGAAAAGUUGAAUCCAUCGACCGAAGUCCUGUCGGCCCUCGCUUUCAAGCCCGCAUACUCCGCGUCUCGCCAACUGACUGAAGAGCAACAUCUCGAUUUCUCCUGUCCCCUACCAUCAUCGGCUCCAACGAGAGGAGCACGCAAGAACAAAUCAUCCUGCCACGGCGACGGCGACGUCGACGGCUUCAUGCCCUCCAUGUCCCUGACAGGUUCCACAUACAUCACACGCGUGACAGCGAUCAGGGAUAGACACUUGGUUGAGGGACGGUGCGACGUGGUGUACCAGCUCGAAGCCGAAUUCGUGCAUUCAGCAUCUGGCCACGUCGUCCGACGACUAAGCUGCCCUGUCGAUGUCUCCUCGCUACACACACCCUUGCAAGUUGAAGUGUCAUCGAAUGAGCAGUCUGGGAGUCUCAAACAAAUGGCAAAGCCCCAGAGGCGGUCGCUGCGCUACUUCGGGUCUCACUUGCAACCGGAGGUGUCGGUGAGUAUGCCCCAGAAGCUGGGUUUCAUUGUCUCGGACUCGUCCAGACUUGCCACAGGGUGUCGGAGGUUGACGAUUCCUGUCUCGGUGAACGUCAGGCUUCCUCCGAAUGCGCGGCGACAAGCACAAUCGUUGCUGUCAGACUCGCUGAAGUGCUCGAUCAAAACGCAAUGGUUCACACGGAGGGUCUUCAGUACUGGAUCCUCGGCUGUAGAGUCUAUGGUCAGAUCCGACACGGUAUCAACGCAGAAGCUCGCCCUGACGCUACCACCACCAUACAACUCGACAUUGGUAGACUCAUCUUAUACCACGCAAAUGGAGCUCAAUCUCCUUCUGCCGGAGUCGGCUACACACCCAUCAAUAUCGACGGACCUCUUGAGUAUUUCCUACACACUCGACCUGGUGAUGAAGUUUGAAAUGAGUAAUGACGACAAUGUCAAGACUGCGUACAACGCGGAGUUUAGCCUUCCGGUCACCCUUCGUACUGCAAAGCCAGCGGCGAUACUCAGUCGGUGCACUUUCGACCCUUUGCUGGGGUAUAUUGAGGAGGAUUUACAGUAUGCCCCGCCACCAUAUAUUUAUUAAGUGUGAGCGAGAUGGAGUUGGCUGGGUUUGGGCGGCUAUUCUGUGCAGUUUUGGAAUCUUUUCUGAGCGCUUGGCGAGUGAUAGAUACCCCUUCUCACGAUGAUAGACAAUUGGAACUUGAAUGAGUCUA